GGAUAUCAGUGACUUUUAAACUCAUCUAAUCUUCGAAAAGAUAGCGCGUCGUCUUUCUUGCUGAAAAUGGAGGGAUUGAUGCACGUACCUUAUGAUGCUACAGUGAAGGUUAUGUUAGCUUCACUGGAACGAAAUUUGCUGCCGGACGCCGUUACAAGGAGGCUCACUCGAUUACUCUUGGCAAGUCGUCUUCGGUCCGGUUACAAGCCUUCUUCUCAGCUACAACUCUCUGACCUCCUCCAGUUCGUGCAUUCUCUAAAAGAGAUGCCGAUAGCAAUUAAGACUGACAAGCCUAAAACUCAGCAUUAUGAACUACCCACUUCUUUCUUCAAGUUCGUUUUGGGCAAAAAUCUCAAAUACAGUUGUUGUUAUUUUUCUGACAAAUCAAACACCUUAGAAGAUGCUGAGAAAACAAUGCUGGAGCUAUACUGUGAAAGGUCGCAGCUAAAAGAUGGACACACUGUUCUUGAUGUUGGAUGUGGAUGGGGAUCACUUUCUUUGUACAUCGCCCGACAGUACAGCAACUGCAAGGUUACUGGGAUUUGCAAUUCAACAACACAGAAAGCAUACAUAGAGGAACAGUGCCGGGAUCUUCAGUUGCAGAAUGUAGAAAUCAUUGUUGCAGAUAUUAGUACAUUCGAAAUGGAGGCGUCCUAUGACCGAAUAUAUUCAAUUGAAAUGUUUGAGCAUAUGAAGAACUAUAAGGAUCUCCUUCACAAGAUUUCCAAGUGGAUGAAAGAAGAUGGUCUUCUUUUUGUUCAUCAUUUCUGCCACAAGGCAUUUGCUUACCAUUUUGAGGAUUUAAAUGACGAUGACUGGAUUACUAAGUAUUUCUUCACUGGAGGAACAAUGCCUGCUGCAAAUCUGUUGCUUUAUUUCCAGGAUGAUGUUUCUGUUGUCAACCAUUGGCUUGUGAAUGGGAAACAUUAUGCGCAGACAAGUGAAGAGUGGCUCAAAAGAAUGGACCAGAACAUGGUAUCAAUAAAGCCAAUAAUGGAGUCAACCUAUGGCAAAGAUCAAGCUCUCAAGUGGACUGUAUACUGGAGAACGUUCUUCAUUGCUGUUGCAGAACUUUUUGGAUAUAACAAUGGAGAAGAAUGGAUGGUUGCACUUUUCCUGUUCAAGAAAAAGUGAAAAACUCCCUGUUCGUGUUGAAGAUGUUAUGUUGGGAACCUAAGGCUUGUGUGAUAAUCUUAGCAGUACGACUCUUUAAUUUGAUCUAAGAAAAUAAGUAUAAGUUGUCAAUAUAAUACAUUGUUGUACAACAAAAAUAGCAGUAAUGGAGUUGCCUAGAGCAGGGUUGGCAAGACGUGGGAGUAUUAGGAGUAAUAGCAACAAUACAUUGUCUGAAUAUUUAAAUUUUUUAAUUUAAUGUUUUUUCAAGCUGACAUGGCUUGCCCGAAAGCUUGGUGAGACCGUAGGGUCCCAUUUAUGAUCAA